UUGCGCCCCAUCACAAACUAUGUGAAUCGAUCAUAAUGCCAUCUGCAACGUUUUAGCAUCGAGAAAACAGUUUUCCUUUUGAUAAUACUCCGAUGUGAUGCACCGAGGAUUUGUCGUUGGGAGGAAGACUCGGACCGGAUUUAACCCCCCCCCACCAUGGAGGUGGCUCCAUCUUCCGUUUUUCAAGACCUCCCAGAACACGCGUACAGAGCAUUUCGUGUCUGUGACACCUGCAAAUUGGCAUUGCCAAGUUUUAGUCGACCUUUGAUUAAAAACAGUAGAUAGCGACAUUCUUCACAGGCAUGCCUGCUAAGAAUGCCUCGUUCGUCAUGGCCUCCCUGGCGCUCCUCAGCCUGGGCUUCAACCUCUACAGGCGAGUAUUCACUGCCAACGAAAUGCUGAGAUGCACCAAGGACCUCCAGAUGACCCGAAGAAACUCCAUAAUAGUACGCGAGCGGCUGGUCCGAACGGCAGCCAUGCUGACCGAACUGAACCGGACCAUAGCGGGGUUGGGAGAGCCCAAUGGCCCGGCCGCCGACAGGUCUGCUCUUGGCGGAAAGCUGUGGCCAUCAGAAAACGAGGACUUGGUGGUCAGGAUCAGCGCGAUGAAACGGGAAAACGAUAAAGCCAAGGUGUACCUAGUCAAGCUGCAAGAGGACUUAAAGGGGACCGAGAAAGAGGCGAGCUUAGCAAUACUUAACGGCGGGAAAUUGACUGAUGAGAUCAAUGAUUUGAGAGAAGAGUUCAAACGACUUAAGCGACAAUUGAAGGCAGCAGUGCGCAAGGACAUUUCCUAAGUCAUACCGACGACAUGCACCCACUACGACGUCAUUCAAACAUGAAAAGGUCAACAACAGUACUGUUGUCUUGCUCCCCCGUGUUGAUGUGGAUGGAUCUGGGAAUGAGUCGUCGCAAAGGCUUCGCACUCUGAAGCAGAUGCCCCAAAUAAAAGGGACUGCUGUUCUGGACCCACUGUUGGAGCGAUGGGACGGGGUUGACGUUAACAACAUUUUGGAUUGGAUCUGACGCCAGCUAAGUGAACGGCUUACCGAGUCAUUAUUUAAACUAUGUACGGAUUCAUGAACCAAUUUUGAAAACAUGAAUGGGAAAAUGUAAAAUAGUAACGGACAAAAACCGGGGAAGGCUCAAUCUUUAGCUCAGCGGCUCGGUUUGAGUUAUGCGAAACAUCUUAAACUUUACAGCCGCUGGAAAUUUAGAAAACAGAGGCCUAUAAUAUAGGUUCACUACACUUGUCAACUAUCCGCAGUGUUCAUUUCAGUGUUCAGUGUUCAGAUCUGAAAUUUCAAUUCAAGAAACCUUCGUGUGCUCUCUUUUCCUAUUCUCAACUGAAAAGAAUGUGGUGUCAAGUUAACACUCUAGAUAUUUAUGACAACACAUUACCGGUGUUGUCUGACAUGGGUACCGAAGGUGUUUAUCUAGGAUAUAGUAUUUUGUGUGUGUGCCAAUAGUAUUCCUUCGACUUUAGGAUGCUCAACGCCCCAAUCUGGGGGCGGGGAGAUAGCCCAUUCCCCCUCGAUGAUCAACCCUAUUCCAUUUGAUCUAGUUAGAAUUUGAAAAUCCGAAACUUCAGAACAUUUUCCACCUCGUUGAGGAAAGCAGACACGUUUUUGUCAAUACAACAUAAAAUCUGAUAGCUCUCUAAGUCAACUAGGGUGCAAGUGGGACUUGCCUGUUAGCUUUGUUUUAACAAAUAAGUUUCUUUAAAAAUUCACGAACAGGUUUUAUCUAAUUUUAAACUUGGUCUUUAUUAUGCAAGUAAAAAAUAGACCGUUUUAAAUCUCAGAAUAAAUUCACCAUACGAAAUUAUUUUUGAAUGUAAUUACGAAGCACGUUAAAAUGGUCGUUAAGAAAAAAAUCAACAUAAAUGCGACAGUGUUACAUUUCUAUACAAACCACAUUAAACAUUUAACAGUGUACCAUGAAUACAUUAAACAUUCAUACAUGCUGUUGGAGAAAUAAUCUCUCUUCCAUUUCUGUUGUAUGGGCUACCACUGCUUAUGAAAAUGGCAACUUAUUUUCAGCAUAAUGUAAGACUAACCCGUUGUGAUCUGGAAUACGACCCUUUCCCUCGUUGUCAUGAUAAAAUUAUGAAAAUCAUGUAAUCGUUAAUUUUUUUGUAGGGUGUUAAAGUUGACUUGACGGCCUUAAAGGUACCAUGUGAUAGAAAUAUUUUACUAACUAUUAAAUCUUUGAAAUUGCUCCUUUGUGUUACAGAUAACCUUAUUUUAUGUUUGUUUUGCUAUUCUUAUCUGUAUUUUGCAUAUUCAUGACUAAAACUGUGAUGUAAUCCGAGGCACUAAACCUCGACGUUGCAUUGAUUUGUGCACAAAAAUUGCUAGAGUUUUUAUAAUUUUCUAUCAAAGCUUUCCACUUCCUUUGGCACGUUCGUUGUUCUGUAAGUAUGUGGCAAUAGGCCAGAGAGAAACGUUUUCCCUGCAAUGUUUUCAAAAAGCAAAUUUGGGGUUCGAAAUUUGAACAUGAAAACAUGCAAAUUGAACAGUGUCUUCCUAGA